UUUGGUUUUUUGGGUGGUGAAAAAAAAAGUCACACGUAGGAGUGGACUCUCCGCAAUCCGCGAUUUUUAUUUAUCGAGAGUGCUAUUUUAUCGAGUGUGAUUGUUAAUAAAUGGAAGUGAAUGCCAAGUGCGAAGAAUGACGCAGUUUUUGCCACCGAAUUUGUUGGCUCUCUUCGCCCCGAGGGAUCCGAUACCGUAUCUGCCACCAGUCAGCAAACUACCGCAUGAGAAGAAGAAUGGAGGAUACCUUGGCGUCGGGGCAUUUCUCAAAUAUUUUGAGGAUCCCAAGGACACACCUCCCCCGGUUCGUGUCGAGACUCGAGAGGAAAGACUGGAGAGACGAAGACGCGAGCGUGCUGAGCAAGUUGCCUAUAAAUUGGAGCAGGAAAUUGCGGUUUGGGAUCCAGCUGGAAUUCCAAAUGUCACUGCUGAUCCAUUCAAAACACUCUUCAUUGCUCGAAUCAAUUAUGAUACAUCAGAAUCAAAACUGAGGAGGGAAUUCGAGGUUUACGGGCCAGUAAAGAAGAUUGUCGUAAUUCACAAUACGAUCAAUGGAAAGCCAAGGGGGUACGCAUUCAUUGAGUAUGAGCACGAAAGGGACAUGCACUCUGCGUAUAAGCAUGCGGAUGGUAAGAAAAUAGAUGGUCGCAGAGUGUUGGUGGAUGUGGAGCGCGCUAGGACUGUUAAGGGAUGGCUACCGAGGAGGCUCGGGGGUGGACUUGGGGGGACAAGGAGAGGUGGACCCGAUGUUAAUAUCAAACACUCUGGAAGGGAGGAUAAUGAGAGGGAGAGGGAGAGAUAUCGGUUGGAGAGGGAGAGGGAGGCGUCUGGACGAGGGAUGGACAGAGAACGUGAUCGUGAUCGAGUUGACAGAGAGCGUCGAAGAUCUCGCGAGAGAAAGCGACGCUCGCGCAGUAGAUCGCGCGAUCGUAAGCGUCGGCGCAGUAGGGAACGUGCUCCCGAGCCCGAGAUUGAGGAGAUCCAGAGGGAGGAGAGAACCAGAGACAGACGUGAGCGCGACAGAGACCGCGACAGGGACAGGGAGCGCAAGAGGAGGCGAUCGAGGAGCAAUGAUCGUAGCGAUCGUGAUCGCGAGAGGAAGAGGGACAAACGGGACAGGGAUCGCGAGCGCAGGGACAGGAAGGACAGGGAGAGGGUGCCUGACGAGGAUACCAAGGAGAUACGGAUUAAGGAGGAGCCCAUGGACGAUUAUCCUGAUUACGCAAAUGCUUAUCCCUCUUCGACCCCCUACUUUGCACAAGUGAAAUACGAAGAUGACAGUGAAGUGGAGGAGAAAUACAGAAUUCCUGAGGGUCGCAACGAUCAGCCAUCCUACAAUUACGACUCCGUGCCCGACUAUUAAUGAUAAACGAUAAAACCGUGAUUACCCGAUUUAAUUAAAUGAAUUCGAAUGGAGGAAGAAAAGCACUGAGAAUAAUUCGUGUUCGUAAUUAUCUAAAAUUGGUGUGUCAAACUCAGUAACUGUGAAUUUAAUUUUGCCAGAUUGAAUAAUGCAACGAGCUUUCGAGACACUCUCCCUGUUGUUCGACCCUGAUUGUGAUGUUUCAAUUUAUUUUUUCCAAUGAGGACGGCAGUCUUAAUCGAGACGUUUCGACUCUAAAGACGAUUGACUCUGAAGACAAUUAUCCGAUGAAUUGGGGUAAUUUGAAAAUUGAGGAGAUGGAGACUCUUUAGUCUCCGGUUGAUCAAUCAACUGAAAUUGAAUGGUAUUCAAUCUGUACAUAUUAUAAGUUUGAAAAAUCAAUUCAUCAUACUUGACUGCUGUAUGUAUUUUAUACAUAUAGAAAUAAAGGAAACAAAUUGGAGAUGUGACUGCGA